AUGGUUAAUGGUGGAAGUUGGGUUUCACUUGAGACGUUUCAAGGGAGGAGCGAGUAUAUGCUUGUCAUGGGAUGGAAGAGCUGUGGAGGUGGCAGGGUGAGCUACUUAAUAUCAGAAGUAAAUGCUUCAGAGCACCUGUUUAAUUUGAAGUUUGCUGCAAAGGAACUCAACAGAAACUCAAAAAAAUGCGACAAAGAAGAAAAGGCUGAGAAAGCUAAAAUUAAGAAGGCAAUUCAGAAAGGUAACAUGGAAGUCGCACGAAUACAUGCUGAAAACGCAAUCCGCCAGAAGAAUCAAGCCAUCAAUUUCUUGCGCAUGAGUGCCAGGGUAGACGCUGUAGCAGCGAGAGUUCAGACUGCAGUGACAAUGGGCAAGGUAACAAAGUCGAUGGCAGGGGUAGUUAAGUCUAUGGAUGCCACGCUGAAGAGCAUGAAUUUGGAAAAGAUAUCUGCACUAAUGGAUAAAUUUGAGCAUCAGUUUGAAACACUAGAUGUUCAGACACAACAGAUGGAAGACACAAUGAGCAACACUACUACGCUAACAACGCCACAAAACCAAGUGGAUAUGCUUCUACAGGAAAUGGCAGAUGAAGCAGGUCUUGAUCUGAACAUGGAACUACCUCAAGGACAGACAGGUUCUGUUGGCACAAGCGUUGCCUCAGCAGAACAGGAUGAGCUGUCACAGAGACUGGCCCGCCUACGUGAUCAAGUUUAAGCUGCAGUUCUUUGUUUCUUUCAAAGUACCCUUUCUGUAACUAACCUGUCACUACCCUAGAAAGAUGGAUACAGUAUGGCUUAGAUGUCUGAAUACUUGUAACAUAGGUUACUUCACUCCUAGCUUGCUGCUCUUUCUAAAUACAUUAAGUAACCCAAAAAUAUCAGCUCUCUAAUGUCCUUUUCUGUACAUUUUGAAGUUGAUAUAUUUUUUGCAAGCUUUUUUUCACAAUCAAGUGGAUAUUCUAAGUCAGCUAGUGAUGUUGGCCCAUUCUAGCUGAAAGAAAAGCAGAGCAUCAUUGAUAUAUAUAUAGAUAUAUUUUAAAUUAUGAAGUGAUUUUUUUAAA